AUGCCUCCUCCACCAGCCCUCCCCAUCCUCCCUUACCUCUCCUCCUCCUCCGAAUCCCCCACCGGCACCGGCCCAUCCUCCGCCCUCACCCGCAAAUUCGGCCCCGAAACAGCAAACUACUUCUCCGGCUCGCCGCUGAACCGGCUCUCAUGGCUGCGCUCCGACCACCUUUUCUUGCGGGCCGCCUUCUCGCACCCCUCAGCCAAGUUUCUUUUGAUGAACAGCCUCGGGCCCAUGGUCAGCAGCAAGGAGGACCAGGCUCAUCUGGGAUUUGCGGGACCCGAAGAUCUCAGGGAAUUAUUGGGUGCGGCACCAGAGGUGUUUAAGAGUGAGGAGGAGGUUGUUAGGGGGUUUGAUUCUGAGGAGAUUUUUGGUGGGAGACAAAAAGGGGGUGAAAGGGUGGUGGUCUUCUUGGGGGUUGAGUUGGAGGAUAGUCCUAAGGGGGAGGGAAAGGAGGGAAAGGAUGGUGAUGAUAAAGAGGGGGAGCAGGGGGAUGUGUUUGAGUGGAAGGGGUUUAGGGGCACGCCGUAUUUUGCUGUUGAUGUCACGCCUCGUGAGGCGGAUGGGGAACAGGGGAAAGCUAAAGCGGAGGAGCUGAUUAAGAGGAUGGAGGAAGAAAAGGGACAUGUGUUUUUGAGCGCUAGUCCUAGGGGGAUGGGGUUGGAGGCUGGUCAUGCUGCCAUGUACGGCCAAGCCCGCGCCCUAAUCGACUGGAACGCCCGCAACCUCUUCUGCGCUCAGUGCGGCCAGCGCACCAUCUCGGUCCACGCCGGCACCAAGCGCGUGUGUCCCCCGACGGAUAAGGGCAAGGACCGGCCGCCCUGCGCCACCCGCGGCACCGUCUCGAACCUGUCUUUCCCGCGAACCGACCCGACCGUGAUCAUGGCCAUCGUCAGCGCCGACGGCACCAAGGUGCUUCUGGGUCGCCAACGGCGCUGGCCUCAGUACUGGUACAGCACCCUCGCCGGGUUCCAAGAACCGGGCGAGUCGAUCGAGGAGGCGGUCCGCCGCGAGGUCUGGGAGGAGAGCGGCGUCACGGUCGGACGCGUGGUGCUGCACAGCUCGCAGCCGUGGCCGUUCCCGGCGAGCUUGAUGAUUGGGGCUAUUGGUCAGGCGGUACCCGGUGAUGGAGAGAAGAUCUUCUUGGGUCAUGACGCCGAGUUGGAGGAUGCGAAGUGGUUCCCGCUGGAGGAGGUCAAGGAGGCGCUGGACAAGGGGGCGAGUAACAUGGGAGAGUCUGCGCCGGAGGGAUACGUCGAGGGCGCGUUGAGGUUGCCGCCGCAGACUGCGAUUGCGAAUCGGUUGAUUAAUGCGGUGGUCGAGGGGUGGUGGACUAUGCCCAAGAUUUGA